UGAAUCGGUACCAUUUGGCCGUGGACCACACGGCCGAAAACGGGUUCCCUUAUAUUUUCACUUUAUUUUUAUUUUACUGCCGGUAAAAAUAAGGCACCAUGAGCGGCAACAAGCAGGACCUGCUGCUGUUCUUCGACCGGCCCACGGAGCCCUGCUUCAUGCAGAAGGGCGAGGACAAUGCCGUCUUCCAACUGCCUGAACACUACUACCCGGACAAAUACAAAAGCGCAUCAGCUCAGCUAGAGAGCAAAUUCGGCUCGGACUCCGGGCGCUCCAUCCCAAUCCGCAACAUCGCGCUCCCGGACUUGUCCCUGCCCAUGCAGCUGCCUUACAAUGACCAGUUUUCGCUGUUCGUGCCCGCGCACCGCCAGCUCGCUGGCAGACUUAUCGACAUCUUCAUGAACAUGCGUGACGUGGCGGACUUGCAGUCGGUGUGCGCGUACUGCCAGCUGCGUAUCAACCCGUACAUGUUCAACUACUGUCUCUCCGUCGCCAUACUGCACAGGCCUGACACCAAGGGGCUGAACAUCCCCACGUUCGCAGAGACGUUUCCUGACAAGUUCGUGGACCCCAAGGUGUUCCGUAAGGCUCGGGAGACCACCACUGUCGUGCCUGAGGGCUCCAGGAUGCCAGUAAUUAUCCCACAAAACUACACGGCCGCUGAUGCUGAACCGGAGCAGCGCGUGGCGUACUUCCGCGAGGACAUCGGCAUCAACCUGCACCACUGGCACUGGCAUCUCGUCUACCCCUUCGAGGCCGCUGAUAGAAGCAUCGUUGAUAAGGACAGAAGAGGAGAGCUGCUAUAUUACAUGCAUCAGCAGAUCAUUGCUAGAUACAACAUGGAGCGUCUUUGCAACAACUUGCCAAGGGUGACGCGCUACAAUGAUUUCCGCGCCCCAAUCGAAGAAGGAUACUUCCCCAAACUGGACUCACAGGUCGCGUCUCGCGCCUGGCCUCCCAGAUUUGCGAACAGCGUCGUUAAAGACCUGGACCGACCGGUGGAUCAGAUCCGUGUGGACGUGACCACACUGGAAGCCUGGCGCGACCGCUUCGUCCAAGCCAUCGAGGAGGGCGCUAUAGACCUACCAAGCGGACGCAAACUUCCUUUAGACGAGAAGACCGGUAUCGAUAUCCUGGGUAACCUGAUGGAAGCAUCCUCGAUCAGCCUCAACCCUGCCAAAUACGGAGACUUUCACAACAUGGGGCAUGUCGUCAUCUCGUACGCUCACGAUCCUGACCAUAGGCAUCUUGAACAAUUCGGCGUGAUGGGAGACUCGUCGACAGCCAUGCGAGACCCCGUGUUCUACCGCUGGCACGCCUACGUCGACGACGUCUUCAAUCUGCACAAGGCGAAGUUACCAGCUUACACCCCGCAGCAGCUGGACUUCCCAUCCAUCCGCGUAUCCUCCAUCAGCGUCCAAGGCCGCGGUGGAGCCAACACCUUCGCCACCCAAUGGGAGCAGAGCACCGUGGAACUGUCUCGAGGACUGGACUUCCAGCCGAGAGGCAGCAUGCCAGCUCGCUUCACCCAUCUGCAGCAUGAGGACUUCAUGUACAACAUCGAGGUGAACAACACCAGCGGGCAGUCUAUGAUGGGCACAGUUCGCAUCUUCAUGGCUCCGGCGGGAGACGAGAGCGGACAGCCGCUGCCGUUUGAAGACCAGAGGCGCAUGAUGGUGGAGCUCGACAAGUUCUCUACGCCAUUGCCUCCUGGCAACAACACGAUCAAACGCAGCAGCAAAGACUCUUCGGUUACCAUCCCAUUCGAGCGCACCUUCCGUAGUCAGGACUCUCGUCGUGGCGAGCCGGGCUCCGCCGAAGCAGCUGAGUUCGACUUCUGCGGCUGCGGGUGGCCGCACCACAUGCUGCUGCCCAAGGGCACCGCGCAGGGGUACCCCUGCGUGCUCUUCGUGCAGGUCACCAACUGGAACGAGGACCGGGUGGAACAAGACCUAGUAGGCUCCUGCAACGACGCAGCAUCCUACUGUGGUAUCCGCGACCGCAAGUACCCGGACAAGCGCGCCAUGGGCUUCCCCUUCGACCGCCCCAACCCUGCGAGUUCGCUCUCCGAUUUCCUGCAGCCCAACAUGGCCGUGCAGCAGUGCAGGAUCAAGUUCACAGAUGCUACAAGGAUUAGGGCUCAGAAUUAAACUAACUUGACCGCCUUAACCCUCAAUAACCUCAACUCAACAAUUUCGGCAUGGCUGCUUAAGGGAUGUAUGAAGGGGCCCACAGAUUACCAGUUCGCCUGAUGAUAUUAGUCUGUUAGUUAAUCGCAAAAGGUCACACACUAACAGUUCCAUUUCAGGCUUCGGCCUGACGACUAAUAAGAACGGAGAGUGUGUGGCAGCUUGACGAUUCCGGUCAGCAUCGACAGUUAUCGGCCGGACAGUCCGUGGUCUUGGAGCGGAAACUGACGACUCUCAACUGCUAGUGUUCAGUCGCAGAGGUGGCAGCAGGCCAUUGCCGGCAGGCAAUAAUCACUAGACGUUACUGGCCUAGGACGACAGACCGCCUGAUAGGACCAGAAACUGCAGGCGGACUAGUAACGGGUGGGACCCUUAAGAGUAAUAAAAUAAAAGAUUCACAAAUGCAGGGAUCUUGAUUGAAGUUGUACUUUCCACUAAGAGCGUCCACGGUGCGGGUGAGCGGGUCAAAGAUAAUGUUAUGAGCUACGCUAACUGGCGCGGACUCGUGCGAUGGGUUUUACCUACAAUGGCACCCUCAUGCCCGCGCCAGCUGACGGACGCCCUAAGAUCACCACCACAUCAACACUCUUUGAACAACUUCAAUACAACAGACUUUCUACUUUUAUAUGGCUGUAGUAGCAACUCUAAAUAAAUAUUGGAUCUGAUUUACGAACGCCACUAGUGUCAGGACUCAGUCAAAGUGAUCUUACUUUCCCCUGAUCCUCACAGGAUUUCUGCAGCUAACAUAUACUCGUAAUUACCUUGAUUCUCCUUCUUAUUCGACUUUGCUUUUUGAACAUUGGACACCGAUUAUAUAGAAUUAUUUUUAGUAUAUUAUAUUUUACGUUUUUUUUAAUCAUAUACCUAUCUAUUAUACGAACUUAUUUAAUUACUUAAAAAAUACCUUUAUUGACUUGUUUAUAAACGUUAGGUGAUCUCUGGUAAAUAAACAAAGGUCGCACUAAAUUUUUUUAGGAUUGUCACGAAAAUAUAGCAACAGAUGCAAAUGCAGUUGGUUGUUUGAAAAUAUACCUAUGUUAUUAGUUGUAUUUGUAAUUGAAACAUCAUUUUUAUUCCAUAAGCAUUCAUGUGUUACCUAAUUAAAUACAUAUGUUAAUUGAAAAUAUACGACAAGAUUGUUUUAGCCUAAACAUUUAGGUACGUAACUAAAAAAAUUACGAAUAAAGAAAAAAAAUAAAGAUCGAACCAACCACUGAUAAAACAGGAACAAAUACAGCAUUUUUAUACAAGUCAAUAAAAUAACUUGGAUUAAUAGUUUUUCUUACUUGCAUAUUAGUUAAGAUAGUUUUUAGCAAACGGGUUUAAUUAUAGCUAUUACAUAAGUACAUACUGUAUAUAUUAGUUAUAACAACAAUACUAAGUAAAUCUAGCCUCUUACAAAAAUACCUGUUUUUUUUCUGUCGCUGCCUAACUUUCCUAUAAACAAUAUUUUAUCCUAAAUAAUUUAUUUUCAUAUAAUUUAACGACAUUCCCAACGAAUAUAUCUUUGUUUAAAAAUAAUUAUGAAAGUACAAGUGAUCAAUUUACUACAAUUCACUGUCGUAUUAUUGGAAAGAUUUUGUACCAAACUAAUAGAUCAGUUGGUAGUCCUCCUGCCUAUGAAUCUCAAGUUUGAAUCCUGGUAAGGGCAUUUAUUUAUAUGAUGAGUAGGGAUAUUUGUUCCUAAGUCAGAUUAUAUGUAUAUUUCGUUGUGUAAAUACCCACAACACAAGCCUUAUUAAGCUUAAUGUGGGGCUUAGUCAAUUUGUGUAAUCUAUCCUAUAAUAUUAAUUAUAUAUUUAUUUAAGGUACUCUAACUAUUUAGUAUCUAGGAUGUAAAAAAAGGUUUAGACUAUUAGGUAUAUUCCAGUACAGCUGACUCAGCUCAUUUUCAUUAAAACUCGUUAUAUUUUACAGUAAUUACGUUGGUAUUUAUGAAUUAACGCAGCCUCCUGCACAGUUACAUACAUUAUGGAAAUAAAAACUAAGUACUAAUAAAUUUACACGAACGAUUUCAUCCUGUAUUAGGCUAGCUCUCCAAGGCAAUCAAAAUGGGUCAUUUUAUUUAAAACUAGCUUGUAUUAGUAGGGCUCUACAACAUUAGCAAAAUUAAUGUUUUAAAUUUCUAGGUCCUAUCUGAAUAAGGCUUAGGGUGGGUUUAA